GCCCCUGCCUGCCCCCCGCUCCCGCUCUUCCGCCGCCUCCUCCGCCUCGGCGUCCGCCCCAACCGCUUCACCUUCCCUCUCCUGCUCACCCCCCUGUCCUCCCUCCGCGACCUGAGAGCCCUGCAUUGCCAAGUGGCCAAGUCUGGGUUCGCGCUCGACAGCCAUGUCCGCAAUGCCCUUCUCGCGCGCUACGCGGCAUGCGAUCCUGACCUGGCGCACGCUGAGCGGCUGUUCGACGAAAUGUCCCAAGCGGAUGUUGUCGCGUGGACCACUAUGAUCACCUCAUACAGGAAUCGAGGCCUCACCUUCCACGCUCUGGCGACCUUCCGGCGGAUGCUCUCUGCUUCUGUUGCACCCAACCGCGUUACCAUGGUUGCUGCUCUUGGCGCAUGUGCAGCCCAUUGUGCGGUUGACACUGGCAUCUGGAUUGAUAAGUACGUGCAGAAGCAGGGAUGGGAGAUGGAUGUUGUAUUGGGCACAGCACUGGUAGACAUGUAUGGGAAGUGUGGAAAAGUAUCAGACGGAAUGCGUGUGUUCUCAAAAAUGGCCAAUAGGAAUGUCUAUACCUGGAACUCUAUCAUUGGAGCACUUGCCCUUGCGCAUGAUGGCAAGACAGCAUUGCAGUGGUUCUCUUGGAUGCAGGAUGAUGGUGUCCAGCCAGAUGAAGUUACACUCAUUUGCGUUCUUUGUGCCUGUGCACAUUCUGGGUUUGUUGACACUGGGAAGGAAAUAUUUAACCUGCUCGUGCAAGGUGAGUAUGGGUUUCAACCUGGGAUCAAGCACUUCGGGUGCAUGGUUGACCUUCUUAGUCGCUCUGGACACCUUGAUGAUGCCUUUAGGGUUGUCGAGACAAUGCCAUUACAGCCAAAUGCAGUCAUAUGGGGCUUGCUAUUAAGGGGCUGCAAGGCCAGUGACUUGUGGUUGAGGGAGCAUGUCAUAAUGCGACUGGUGGAGUUGGAACCUGAGAAUGCAUCACAUUACAUUCUGUUAUCAAAUUUGUAUGCUGAGACAGGGAGGUGGCAGGAAGCUCAUGGGAUCUUGCAUUGGAUGAAGAAGAAGGGGCUGAGGAAAGAUGCAGGAUGGAGCCUUCAGAUGUUAGAAGACAGGUCAAAUAAAUAUACUACAGAUGGAUAUUUGUUGGAAUAUGUUGAGUGAGGAACAACAUUGGAAGAACAUGGCUCCUCCAACACCAAGAUUGGUAGUUCCUAUAGAUGUGAGCAAGAAGCCAUGGGAGCAAAAAGUCCCUCUGCAUAACCGUUGGCAUCCAGAUAUCCCUCCUGUUGCAGAUGUAAUUGAAGGGGAAUUGUUCCGUGUUGAGAUGGUCGAUUGGACUGGAGGAAGAGUCAGUGAUGAUAACUCUGCAGAUGAUAUCAAAUUCCUGGAUCUCACAAUUACUCAUUAUCUUAGUGGGCCCUUAAGAAUAGUUGAUGCUGAAGGGGUUCCAGCUUCACCUGGUGAUCUUCUUGCUGUAGAGAUCUGCAACCUUGGCCCACUUCCUGGUGAGGAAUGGGGUUAUACUGCCAUAUUUGAAAGGGAGAAUGGUGGUGGAUUCUUAACCGACCACUUCCCUAGUGCAAGAAAAGCUAUUUGGUAUUUUGAAGGAAUUUAUGCAUACUCCCCUCAGAUACCAGGUGUUCGGUUUCCAGGAUUAACUCAUCCUGGUAUAGUGGGUACUGCACCAUCUGCUGAACUUCUCAAUAUAUGGAAUAAGAGGGAAAAAAUAUUGGCUGAGACAAAUCACGAGUCACUCAAACUCUGUGAAGUUCUACAUCAGAGACCUCUUGCCAACUUACCAACCCCCGAGAACUGUUUACUUGGAAAGAUUCAAGAAGGGACUGCUGAAUGGCACAAAAUCGCAAAUGAAGCAGCAAGAACUAUUCCCGGAAGGGAGAAUGGGGGGAAUUGUGACAUCAAGAAUCUAAGCAGAGGGUCCAAGGUUUAUCUUCCGGUAUUUGUUGAUGGAGCAAAUCUGAGUACUGGGGACAUGCAUUUUUCCCAGGGUGAUGGUGAAGUCUCAUUCUGCGGAGCAAUAGAAAUGAGUGGAUUUCUUGAGCUAAAGUGUGAGAUCAUAAGAGGUGGGAUGCAGGAAUACUUGACUCCAAUAGGUCCAACACCACUUCAUGUGAAUCCUAUCUUUGAUAUAGGUCCAGUGGAACCACGUUUCUCAGACUGGUUGGUCUUUGAGGGCAUCAGUGUAGACGAGUCUGGGAAGCAGCAUUUUCUUGACGCAUCAGUUGCCUACAAGCGCGCUGUCCUCAAUGCCAUUGAGUACCUUUCCAGAUUUGGCUACUCCAAGGAGCAGGUAUACCUUUUGCUAUCAUGCUGCCCAUGCGAGGGUAGGAUAUCUGGAAUAGUAGACUCCCCUAAUGCAGUGGCAACCCUUGCCAUCCCUACAGCCAUAUUCGACCAGGAUGUAAAACCAAAACGCCUGAGUGGGAAACAAGGACCAAAGUUGAGAAGGCUUCCAGAUGUUUUGAGAUGCUCGUCCGAUGGACACCUUCCUGUUACGGAGGAGGACCCAAGCAGCACAAGGGCACCUUAACUAGUGCAAAAUGCACGGUCAUGUUCACAGUUCCCACUAUACGAUCAGCAAUUUUAAAUCUUAAUAAUCGUAUUUAUCGUUCCAACAUCUAUGUGGUGGUGUCCAUAAUGUGGGUUACCUGUUGUAAUCUAUGCUCUCUCCUCUGACAGACUGCCCUAUACCCUAGUAAACUCAGAGGUAGAUACACAACCGAAUGUUGCCGUAUUUUCUAUAUAUUGCAAUUUGCUAC